AUGGGAAAUGUAUUUCAUCCACAAACAAUUGCAACAGAAUCUCCUCCAAUUUUUAAUACAAAAAAUAUAACUGAAGGGCUAUUUUGUGCUGAUAUUAUUGAGCGUUGUGAUGAAAAACCUUUGUGGAAUGCACUUAUGGGUUAUGGGUUUUUAGUUGUUUUUUGUUUUGCUUUAAUUGGGAAUUGUCUAAAUUUGUUAAUUUACAAUUCUGACCAUAUUCGAUUUUUUAUUGCUAUUAGAAUGCUUUGCACUAAAUUGUUAAUGAAUACUUGUAUGAUGAUGGUUAUGCUUCCUCAAGCUCUUCGGGUUAUUCGUCUUUGGGAUAUUGGGGAUCGGACUGACCAACUUUAUUGGCGUUUUUGGCCUUAUCAGGCUUAUUUAACCAAUGUUUUUGGAUUUUGUGCAAUGUGGCUAACAGUUUUAAUGACUGCAGAAUGUUAUAUCCAUAUAUUCUUCCCUUCAAAAUCAAAACUUUUAUGUACUAAACAGACUGUUUGGCGUUCCUAUUUUAUUAUUUUACUUACUGGUCUUAUAUUGGCUUCAAUUUAUCCUCUAAAUCGUGAUGUUUCGUUGGUCAACAAAUGUGAUCGAAAAGUUGUUAAGAUUAUAACUUCUCAAAGCUCAAUUAUGAUUUUAUUUGAAAAAAUCCACACAAUUGCGGAUAUGUUUCUGUCCAUUCUUUUGCCGUUAUCUUUACUUGUUUUUAUGACAAUAAUGAUAGUUUGGAGAUUGUGGAUUUGGCCUAAUCGUAGAUGGAGACAUCUAAAAACUAAUGAUAUAACUAAGAAACCUCCAAACCAAACAGGACCGACAACUAACCUUUUAACUAAUGCUGCAUAUAAUGAACGGAAAAGUAGAGAAAAUGGAAGUAGUAAUGGGAACAACAACAACAAUAACCAUUUUUCAGCAGAAAAGAGAGGAGUAACAAGAAUUACAUUAAUUACUUGCUUUAUUCAGUUGGUCACAGAAACACCAUCAAUGUCUGUUCUCAUCUACGUCUCAAUGUUCGGACCAAAUGUACACAAAAAGGAACAUGUUUGUACUUUGCAGACUAUUUCCUAUUUCUUAUGUCUUUGCAAUGCUUCAUUAUCAUUUUUUGUCUAUAUAACCUUCAGCAAUCGUUUUAGAAAGACAAUGAUUAAUCGUGUUCGUCUACUUUUACAUCGAGUAUGCCCAACUAUUUUUAGUGAAGUACCUCCUUCAACAGGAGGACUUAAAAAUUACGGCAGACAAAUGAGGAUGCCUAAUUCAAGUGCUACUCCCUCACAAAUGGUUGUUUUAACAAGCAGAGACAAUUCACCAAGAAAUGGAAGUCAAUCUGAAGGAAAACAUCAAAAACUUUUGGUUGUUGUAAGCGAGCCGAAAAAUUCUGGCAAAAAAAGUCGAGCAGCUUCAAUAACAACAAAGGAUGUAGAAGAGGGUAGAGGUCGUUGUUCUCCUUCUUCAAAAUUAAGUAGCCGAAAUUCAUCAGAACACGAAAUUGAUAAACAAAAAUUACAACAACAUUUCUCUAAUUUUCCUAUUUCCUUCACUAGACGAUUUCUUCGCGAUAAAUUAGUUAAACAAACAAAAGAGAAAGGGCCGCUGAAAAAACUUGAAUCUGACUCUCUAAUGACAGAAACAACAAAUUCAAUGGAAACAAUUCCAGCCUCCCUUUCUGGUCAUCAUUUAGCUUUUCACAAUAAUUCUGUUGAUAGUUGUCGCCCUCUAAGUAAUUCAGUUAAUGGAAGAUUAACAGGAAAUAACCAAAUAGAACAGCAAAUAUUAAAGAAAAAAGAUUGUUGUAAUGGAGAAUUAUCAAAUAAUUUGAGAAGGAAAACUUCUAGUGCAAAUGAAGUUACGGGAAUUAAAAGAAGUUCUAUUUGUUCAACCAAUACAAAUAGCCAAUUCGAUGCUUUUCUUUAA